CCUAGGGUUCAGGGUUUGUUUUUCAUCUUCUGUUUUCGUUGUUCCUGUUCUGCUUCGUUGCUUCGCAGGUGGUUUAGAGCUUGCACGCGUCGCUUCUUCGACUCUUCGUGGCUGUUCGACUUUGCUCCUUCGACGAUUAUCCCUUCCUGUCGGAUCGGAAGUUACAACAUUUUGAUCGGAAGCAACAACGGGAGCUCGCUGGCGUUGAAGGAUUUAUACCAAAUCUUGCCUAUAUCUGGCCUAAAUUCUGCAUCCAAACAGGCUCUUGAAUUGACGCAUUGAUGUAAAAAUGGAAGGGGAUUCCUUGCGUUCGCUCUCCAUGAGACCGGCUCGCAGAACUGAGCGAAGCUGCAAGACAGACCUACAAACUCGAGAUUUCGAAGGUGGCUUCUUUUCUCCUGGGAAGGCUCUUCGAGAUCCUAUAAGGAUGAUUUGGCAGCGGGGUUGUAUACGCCUGUUCUUGGUGUCGGCGAUCGCAUGGGUGAUGCUCGUUCUAAUUUCCUUGCUCUUUCAUUUGUGGUCUUGCCACUCUGAAAUCAGCUUUCUUUCAGCUCUUUGUAGGAAUGAUAGCAAGGUGCUUGUGGUUUUGGAUGCAAUUGGUUUUUCACCUAAGGCACAACACCGCUGCUCUAUUCCUUUGGCUGAUGAUCCAGACACCAUAAUCAUUCCUGAUAAAACUCUGGACAUAAUACCAAAAGAAUUGUUAUACAUAGAAGUAGACAAUCAGUUUCCCCCACUAUUUGGUGGACACCAGAGCUGGUCAGAGAGGGAGGAUAGUUUCAAAUUGAGCAAAAGUAUGAUGGUGCACUGUGGAUUUAUACAAAAUGGUGGUGCGGAGAUGGAUCUAGUUGAUAUAAAGUACGUUAAGAAAUGCAAGUUUGUGGUUGCAUCUGGAAUUUUUGAUGGCUAUGAUACCCCCCAUCAACCAGCAAAUAUCAGUGUUCGUUCUCAAAAGCUCUUCUGUUUUCUAAUGGUGGUGGAUGAUGUAUCACUAAACUUUAUGAAGAAAAAUGUUAGUGUCCGCAUCGACAAAGAUGGCGGGAAGUGGGUUGGAAUUUGGCGAAUUGUUACCUUGCAUCAUGCACCAUACGACGAACCUCGAAGAAAUGGAAAGGUUCCAAAAAUAUUGACCCAUAGAUUAUUUCCUCAAGCACAAUACAGUAUUUGGAUUGAUGGAAAAAUGGAGCUCAUUGUUGAUCCAUUACUGAUUCUUGAAAGGUAUCUUUGGCGGGGAAAGCACACAUUUGCAAUUGCUCGUCACAAACAUCACAAAAGUAUAUAUGAGGAGGCUGAUGCAAUCAAGCGAAGAAAGCGUUAUGCACGGCCUUUGGUUGAUUUGCAAAUGAAAAUUUAUGUUUAUGAGGGAAUGGAACCUUGGAGUACAAAAAAAUCAACGCUCAGUGAUGUGCCAGAGGGGGCUGUCAUUAUUCGCGAGCACACUGCAUUGAACAAUCUUUUUAGUUGUCUCUGGUUCAAUGAGGUCAACCUCUUCACUCCAAGGGACCAAGUUAGUUUUGGUUAUGUGGUUUACAGGCUGGGAGAUGCAUUUAAGUUCUAUAUGUUUCCCAACUGUGAAUACAAUUCACUCUUCAUAUUGCACAGACACACCAGAGAGCAUUCUUCUGCUAUUGAGUGGGUUAAGAACAUGACAGAAUUCAAAACCAAAGGUUCUGGAUUGAGAGAAACCAGGGGAGGAUUAGGACUCUGGAAUCCAUAUACCGCAGAUCUCAGUUCUGUGAAACUUCCAGCUGUUACAAGAACAUCUCUAGCCGGCUAAUUCUACAGGUUUUUUUGUUUUUUACCUUUUUAUUUUACUUGUAUUAUUAUUUCUGUGAUGGAUUGGUCCAAUUGGUAAUAAAUGCCUUUCCAUUUAAUUAAGACGAUUUUUUUUUUGAGUGAAAGUUUUAUCGGCUGAGAA